GACUUCUGUGCUGUCUCGUAAAGCCCUUUUAAAAAUUAUUCACACUCUUCUUCUUCGAUGGUUCUCUGCCAUCAACUUGAUUCUUUGUUACCAUAGUCUUGCAUGCAUCUAAGAACAUAUUUCAGUCUGAAGUUGAUCUUCUUGCAGUUCGGUUCUUAUAAAGCCUCAACUUUUAUUCAAUUAAAAAUGAAGAAAUUCAUUUCUUUGACAUUGAUUUUAUGCUAUCUUAUGGUAGAAUUAUUGCCAUCAAUUCAAGCAGCAGCUGUCAUAUGCAGUGAAGCUUCCAAACAAGAAUCGAGUGAAGUUAACAAGUUCUUUUCAAAAGUUCAAUGUACUUUGGAAAAGGCCAAACCAUUAGUUGAAGAAAUUGAAAAAGAAGCAAAACAACUUGAAGAACGUGCUAAGAAGUUUGGUGAAAGUGUGAUAAAUAAAUUUACUCGUUUAAUGGAACGACUUUUAACAAUUGAUAAUUAUUCGAAAAAUAUUACAAUUCCAUCAAAAAUAUCAACAACAACAACAAUUUCAACAAUAAAUACAACAAAGGAUGGAAAACUAUCAGAAGUAUCAUCAACUUCUUCACCAACAACAACAAAUCCGAUAGAACAAGAAGUUAAAAAAGAUAUUGAGGACGACAUUUCAAUUGAAACAAAUGAAAUAGAUGAUGGAUCUGCAGAGAAAUGUGCAAACAAUGAAGUUCUUGAUAUUGAUAGAAAGUGCCAGCCAGUUAUUGUUUGAUUGGAUAUAAUUUUAGAAUAUAAAAAUUUUAACUCAAUUG